CGGUCCCGUCCGGUCCCGGGCGGUGCGGGGCGAUGGAGGCGGUGAGGAAGGCCCACGAGGCGGCCGCGCGUCUGGUCCUGCCGGCGUCCCGGUGGCCCCGGCCCCGCCGCCCCAAGCCCCGGGCGUCCGAGGUGCUGACGGGGCACCUGGUGCAGCGGGGCCUGCCGCCCUGGACCUCCUUCUGCGUCCCCUACAGCGCCGUCCGCAACGACCAGUUCGGCCUCUCCCACUUCAACUGGCCGGUGCCGGGCGCCAACUACCACGUCCUCAGGACCGGCUGCUUCCCCUUCAUCAAGUACCACUGCUCCAGGGCGCCCUGGCGGGACCUCCGCCUCCAGAACCGCCUCUUCACCGCCCUCAAGAUCCUCAACCUCGGAAUUCCAACUUUCCUAUACGGACUUGGCUCCUGGUUAUUUGCCAGCGUCACGGAGACGGUUCACACUCGUUAUGGGCCAGUAACGGUGUAUUUUCUAAAUAAAGAAGAUGAAGGGGCCAGAUAUUGAAAUUAGUCAUUGAAGAACAUACCGAUUGGUGGGUUUUUCAUGUUUGUAUAUAUGUGUAAUUUAUUUUGGAUGAUUUAAAAUAUAACUUAUUUGAAACACUU